CACUGCUCUGCUCCGACUACACCACGCUCUUUUGUACGACAAGAACAAAGCUCAUAGAGUUGUGAAGACUACCACACCGAUUCCACCCGUGUCUAUCAGACGCCACCGUCAUGGCCUCCGCCCAAGCCAGUACCGCCGCGAGCACCACCGCGAGCGCCGCGGCACCCAGCGCGAAUGCUCCAGUCGCCAUAGUAUGCGUCGGCAUGGCUGGCUCGGGAAAGACGACCUUCAUGCAGCGCCUUGUAUCGCACAUCUACACGCACCCCGAUCCAACAUCGAAAGAGCCAUCGGUGUCGAAGAUCGCACCAACCCCGCCGUACAUCAUCAACCUCGACCCAGCUGUCCACCACGUCCCCUUUACGCCCAACAUCGACAUUCGCGACAGUGUCAACUACAAAGAGGUCAUGAAGCAGUUCAACCUCGGGCCCAACGGCGGUAUCUUGACCAGUCUGAAUCUGUUCAGUACCAAGAUUGACCAAGUGAUUGGACUGCUCGAGAAGAGGACCAUGGUGCCAGAGCCAACCAAGGAGCCGGAGCAGACUACUGUAGAGUUCAUGACAAACAGUGGAAAGGAGAAGCAGCCAGCGCCGGUCCAGCAGCCGCAAAUCAAGCACAUCCUGGUCGACACACCCGGCCAGAUCGAGGUCUUUGUUUGGUCAGCCAGUGGAGAGAUUCUGCUGUCAAGUCUUGCGAGCACGUUUCCCACUGUCAUUGCAUAUGUAAUCGACACGCCGCGGACCACAAGCACCAGCACCUUCAUGUCCAACAUGCUGUACGCAUGCUCUAUCUUGUACAAGACUAAGCUGCCCAUGAUUCUGGUAUUCAACAAGACCGAUGCCCAGGACGCUGAAUUCGCGAAAGAGUGGAUGACGGACUUCGAGGCUUUCCAAGCAGCGCUGCGAAACGAGGAAGAGGGUGGCACUUUCGGCGGCGAUGGCAUCACAGGUGGAAGCGGCUACAUGAGUAGUUUGCUGAACAGCAUGUCCCUCGUCCUCGAUGAGUUCUACAAGCACUUGAGCGUCGUGGGAGUCAGCGCCAUGACUGGUGAUGGCAUGGACGAGUUCUUCAAGGGCGUCGAAGAGAAGAGGAUAGAGUUCGAGCGCGACUAUAAGCCAGAACUGGACCGUAGAAGGGCAGAGCGUGAACAGGAGAAGCAGAGCACUCGUCAGCGCGAACUCGACAAACUGAUGAAGGAUAUGAAGGUCGGUGGUGCGGGGACAAAGCCGAAGAAGGCACCGCGGAAGGAAGAGCCUGAGACAGUCAGUGAUGCGGAGGACAUAUCCGACGAUGACGAAGGCAACGCGGCGGCCGGCUUCGAUGACGAUUUCGAUUCAGAAGAAGACGCCAUGGAUCCUGACAGCAACCUCAAGCAGCGCUACUCCCAGGCCUUGAGGGACAGCGGCGGACCCUCAAACGAAGACAUGAGCUUCGCCAAGUAUGUGCAGACGGCUAAAUUUAGCUGAGCGACAAAUCGAUUCCAUGCAGCGAGGAACGGAGGAGAAAAACCUACUCAUACUCACCCGAGACAUUCACCCCUCGAUCCUCGAUGCUCCAGUUUUCCACUGCACCUCCAACAACCCUUGAUCUCGCUUCCCACCCCGGCCAACGUCGGAAGUCACUGCAUGUGUACGCAUCUCUGCCGCGGCGAGAACACUUGAAUUUCAAAGCACGCAUGCG